AUGCCCAUUUGCAUCGAGUGCUCCUAUCCAGUCUCACACCUAUACAGCGCCUACAGCCGUGCCGACGACCGCUCUCAAGGUAAAGGCGUUCGAUUGACCCAGUGCCCGCGGUGCCAGCGUUUUGCCGACAAAUAUGUCGAGCAUGACUUCGUGGUACUCUUCAUUGAUCUAGUCCUUAUCAAGCCCCAGGUCUAUCGGCAUCUUCUCUUCAAUCGACUUGGGCGAGAUGACAACCAGUUUGACCGAUCAAUUAUCCGCCUGGGAGUUUUGCUCCUCCUCUUCGAUGUCUACCUGACCUGGGCACGUAUAGAAAAGGAUCCAUCGCUCGCCACAACCUUCCUUUCGCGCGCGCCCAUCAUUGUACAAUACCUCUUCUUCCUCAGUCUGAAUGCCGCCGCCACACUAGCCCACCACCUCACCGUUCGCCUGCUGGCCGCAGUCCUGGUCCCAAAGUCUCGUCGCGCUCGACCAGACCCAAGCAAGAAUGUCAGCACCAGUACACUCCACCCAGACACGGUUCCGCCUCCCGGUCCAUCCACGCCAACAUUGCAACCCUCACCAUCCGCGACCCCGGCAAACACCCAGUCCCAGACCCCCUUGAACCCCCCGGGGAGCCCCCUCAAGCCAAAUCCAAUCCCAAACCAUCCCGAGGCCACCUCCCAGCCAGAUCUAUCCCCCACACCAGGCUCGACAAUGGCACCACUCCGACCAGCCCCGCCUCGUCGAGCAUCUACAGCUCCCAUCCAGAAUAUCCACCCCCUCCCACCCCCUACAACAGCAAGCCCCGCAGCAAUCAGCACCGCCCUACUAGUCAGCAGCUGCGCAAAGCUCUUCCCCAUCCUCCUAGUAAUCUGGGGCGCCGACGGCAGCGGCAGCCUCUCCGACAACCCCACGCACGGGUUGACUGGGUCGCAAAUCCGAGUUCCCAGACAGCCGGCCACGAUGCCGAGCGCGGUCCACCAGACCCUGUUUUCGAACUCGCGCACGAAAUCCGUGCUUUCGUCCGCUGCUGCUGCUCGCGCGCCGGGGGCGGCACCUGUUUCGUUCCGGGAGUCGUGGGUUGCGGCUACGGCUUCGCUGCUUCGGAAUUCGGGGCCGACUAGUUAUUUGGCUGGUGUUUUUGAUUUGCUUGCUUCGAUGCUUUCUCUGGGUGUGGUUGAUACGCACCUUGUUCUGUUGAGUAAUAUUGUCUCAAUCUAUAUUCUACUGGGAUGUGGGUAUCUGCGCGCUGUGACGAUUGCGGUUGCUGGCCAGGUCGCUCGUUGGGCGGUGCAGAAGGUGAUUUUGGGUGCUGUUGGGGUUGGUUGA